AUGUCAUCUGGAAUUCAAUCAUUAUUGAAAACUGAAAAGGAAGCUGCUGAAAUUGUCAACGAAGCAAGAAAAUAUAGAACCAAUCGUUUGAAGUCUGCCAAAACCGACGCUCAACAAGAAAUUGAUGAAUACAAGAAACAGAAAGAAGCAGAAUUGAAAAAAUAUGAAGAAGAACACGCUGGAUUGAAUGAGUCUAUUGACAAAGAAGCUGAUGCUCAGGUCGAAAAAGAAUUGAAGGCUAUAAGAGCUAAGUACGACGAAAAGAAGGAUUCAGUUGUCAAAUUAUUAGUUGAUGCUACCACCAAGCCAACUCCUGAAUUACAUGUUAAUGCUAAUUAAUAAGCAUUUUAGUAGGCUUGUUCUAGUUUCAUGAAAUAAAACACCAUCUUCAUUCAAUUCAUUAAAACACUUUUUCAACACUAUUUCAAUUCGUUUUUAUUUUUAGAUUAUCCACUUUAAUACAUGG